CAUAUCCCAGAACAUCUGGAUCAUGCGUGCCUGGAGAGGGCAAAUGCCAUAGGAUGACCGCUGCUGGUCCCCUCUUACUGGCUGUGAUAUCGUCUGUCCUGUGGCUCACGCGGGGCUUCGACCCGGCUCCCAGCGCCUGCUCCGCCCUGGCCUCCGGCGUCCUCUACGGCUCCUUCUCCCUCAAGGACCUGUUCCCCACCAUCUCCUCCGGCUGCUCCUGGACCCUGGAGAACCCCGACCCCACCAAGUACUCGCUCUACCUCCGCUUCAACCGGGAGGAGCAGGUCUGCACCCACUUCUCGCCCAUGGUGCUGCCGCUCGACCACUACCUGGCCAACUACACCUGCGAGCAGCAGCAGCAGCAGCAGCAGCAGCAGCAGCAGCAGGAGGAGGAGGACGAGGAAGCCGAGCUGGAGCUGUGCGAGGGCACGGGACCCUUCACCUUCCUGCACUUCGACAAGAACUUCGUGCAGCUGUGCCUGGCGGCCGAGCCCGUGGCGGCCGAGCCCGAGGCGGCCCCGCGGCUGCUGGAGCCGCAAGCGCUGGAAUUCCGCUUCGUGGAGGUGCUGCUGAUCAACAACAACAACUCCAGCCAGUUCACCUGCAGCGUGCUGUGCCGCUGGCUCGAGGAGUGCCUGCAGGCUCCCGGUGCUUGGCGGGCGCCCAGCGCUGAUCUCAGCGGCUCCUCCGCCGCUCCUCCGCCGCAGCGACGUGGGGCUGGCACCGGCCCAGAGCCCCCCCAGGCGCUGACCCCGGGGUCCCCCGCCCGCGUCAUCCCCGCCCUGGGGAGGCUCUCCCGGAGGGGGAUGCGGGCUGGAGGCACGGUGCUGGGGGACCCCCGGGCAGGGCGGGCCGCGUCCCCCGCCCAGCCCCGCACAUGCAAUGCGGUGGAGGAGAACCAGAAGGUGAAGACCCAGUGGCCACGGUCAGCAGAUGAACCCGGGGUCUACAUGGCCCAGACAGGGGACCCUGCGGCGGAGGAGUGGUCGCAGUGGAGCGUGUGCUCCCUGACGUGCGGCCAGGGCUCCCAGGUGCGGACGCGCUCCUGCGUCUCCUCUCCCUACGGGACGCUGUGCAGCGGGCUGCUCCGGGAGACCCGCACCUGCAACAACACCGCCACCUGCCCAGCUCCCGGCGCGUGGCAGGCGUGGUCCCCGUGGAGCCUGUGCUCGGUGACCUGCGGGCGAGGGGCCAGGACCAGGAGGCGGCGCUGCGCGGCCUCGCGGCGCGGAGGGAUGGCUUGCGAGGGCCCCGAGCUGCAGGCCAAGCCCUGCAAUAUCGCGAUAUGCCCCGCCGCCGUGGGGCCAGUCCCAGUGACGACCCCCACUCCCAGCACCGCCCGUGCCACUCCCGCCUGGCGCAUCCGGGAUUUGGCAGGACCGAUGCCAGAGAUGCUGGCCGCCGUGGGGCCAGUCCCAGUGACGACCCCCACUCCCAGCACCGCCCGUGCCACUCCCGCCUGGCGCAUCCGCAGUGUCCCCAUCCCCACAGCAGACAGCAAGUGGGGUCCUUGGAACCACUGGAGCCUCUGCUCCAAGACCUGCGACACCGGCUGGCAGCGGCGCUUCCGCAUGUGCGAGGGCACGGGCAUGCAGGGCUACCCCUGCGAGGGCACCGGCGAGGAGGUGAAGACCUGCAACGAGAAGAAGUGCCCAGCUUACCACGAGAUGUGCAAGGACGAGUACGUGAUGCUGAUGACCUGGAAGAAAACGGCUGCCGGGGAGAUCAUCUACAACAAGUGUCCCCCCAACGCCACAGGGACUGCCAGCCGCCGGUGCCUGCUGAGCCCCCACGGCGUCGCCUAUUGGGGUGUGCCCAGCUUCGCCCGCUGCGUCUCCCACGAGUACAGAUACUUGCAUCUCUCACUGCGGGAGCACCUGGCCAAGGGCCAGCGGGUGCUGGCAGGGGAGGGCAUGUCGCAGGUGGUGCGGAGCCUGCUGGAGCUCAUGGCCCGCAAGACCUACUACAGCGGGGACCUGCUCUUCUCCGUGGACAUCCUGCGCAACGUCACCGACACCUUCAAGAGGGCCACCUACAUCCCGUCCUCCGAGGACGUGCAGCGCUUCUUCCAGGUGGUGAGCUACAUGGUGGAUGCGGAGAACCGGGACAAGUGGGAGGAUGCUCAGCAGGUCUCUCCCGGCUCCGUGCACCUGAUGAAGGUGGUGGAGGAUUUCAUCCACCUGGUGGGGAACGCGCUGAAGGCUUUCCAGAGCUCCCUCAUCGUCACCGACAACCUGGUGACCAGCAUCCAGCGCGAGCCCGUGAGCGCCGUGUCCAGCGACAUCAACUUCCCCAUGAAGGGGCGGCGGGGGAUGAAGGACUGGGCGCGCAGCUCCGAGGACAAGCUCUUCAUCCCCAGGGAGGUGCUGAGCCUCGCCUCGGCCGAAGCCGAGGAGUCGUCGCACUUUGUCAUCGGGGCGGUGCUGUACCGCACGCUGGGGCUCAUCCUGCCCCCGCCCAGGAGCCCCCUGGCUGUCACCUCCAAGGUGCUGACGCGGCAUCCCCGGGCGUGUCCAGGUGACCAGGCGUGCUCGGGGGCCAGCGCACAUCUGGGCGCACAUCUGGCAGCCCCGCGCGUCACCGAGCGCCUGGCUCUUCCCGCAGAAGCCGAGGAGUCGUCGCACUUUGUCAUCGGGGCGGUGCUGUACCGCACGCUGGGGCUCAUCCUGCCCCCGCCCAGGAGCCCCCUGGCUGUCACCUCCAAGGUGCUGACGGUGACCGUGCGCCCGCCCACCCGGCCCGCGGAGCCGCUCGUGCUGGUGGAGCUGUCCCACAUCAUCAACGGCACGUCCCACCCGCAGUGUGUCACCUGGGACUACUCGAGGACGGAUGCUGGCUUGGGAAACUGGGACACGGAGAGCUGCCAAACCCUGGAGACCCUCCCGGCGCACACCAAAUGCCAGUGCCGCCAGCUCGCCACCUUCGCCGUCCUCGCCCAGCUGCCCAAAGACCUGGCCAUGGACCCCUCGGGGACACCAUCAGUGCCACUGAUGAUCGGCUGUGCCGUGUCCUGCAUGGCCCUGCUGACCCUGCUGGUGAUCUACGCCGCCUUCUGGAGGUUCAUCAAGUCGGAGCGCUCCAUCAUCCUGCUCAACUUCUGCGUCUCCAUCCUGGCUUCCAACAUCCUCAUCCUCGUGGGCCAGUCCCAGAUGCUCAGCAAGGGCGUGUGCACCAUGACCGCCGCCUUCCUCCACUUCUUCUUCCUCUCGUCCUUCUGCUGGGUGCUGACCGAGGCCUGGCAGUCCUACCUGGCGGUGAUCGGCCGGAUCCGGACACGCCUGGUCAGGAAGCGCUUCCUGUGCUUGGGAUGGGGGUUGCCAGCCCUCGUGGUCGCCGUCUCCGUCGGCUUCACGCGGACCAAAGGCUACGGGACAGCGAGCUACUGCUGGCUCUCGCUGGAGGGCGGUUUGCUCUACGCCUUCGUGGGACCCGCUGCUGUCAUCGUGCUGGUGAACAUGCUGGUGGGCAUCAUCGUCUUCAACAAGCUCAUGUCCCGCGACGGCAUUUCAGAUAAGUCCAAAAAGCAGCGAGCUGGGGCAUCGCUGUGGAGCUCCUGCGUGGUCCUGCCUCUGCUGGCGCUGACCUGGAUGUCGGCCGUGCUCGCCAUGACCGACCGGCGCUCCAUCCUCUUCCAGGUCCUUUUCGCCGUCUUCAACUCCGUCCAGGGCUUCGUCAUCAUCACCGUGCACGGCUUCCUGCGCCGAGAGGUCCAGGACGUGGUCAAGUGUCAGAUGGGGGGGUGCAGGAGCGAGGAGAAUGAAAACUCGCCCGACUCCUGCAAGAACGGGCAGGUGCAGAUCCUGACAGAUUUUGAAAAGGACGUUGACCUGGCGUGUCAGACAGUGCUGUUCAAAGAGGUGAACACCUGCAACCCCGCCACCAUCACGGGCACCUUGUCCCGCAUUUCCCUGGACGGGGACGAAGACCCCAAGCUCAACACGACCUCAGAGAGCGGCCUGGGCUUCUCCAGCCUGCCCGGCAACAUCCCCCCCGCCAGCAUCCUGGUGCAGGUGCCCAAGAUGACGCCCAACGUGGUGGCGGGGCUGACGGAGCUGGGCGAGCCGCCGGCGCAGCAGCUCAGCCUGGAGGCGCCGGGUCCCGUUUACCUGUGCACGGAGAGCAGCCUGCGGCCGCUGGAAUACGGCUGGAUCCGGGCCCCCGAGCCCCCCCGAGAGAGCGAUUACAUGAUGCUGCCCCGCCGCACCGGCAGCCUCAAGCCCUUCCCCCGGGACGAGGGGACGCUCGGCGGCGGCGCAGAGGAGGCGGUGCCCGGCGGGACGGGGCGCCCGGCGGCAGAAGGCGAUGCCUACCCCGGUUUUGUGGCCGUGGAUCACGUCAGUGUGAACCUGAACCAGCCCUACGCCACGGUGAAGGCUCCCUACGGCCUCCAGUUCAAGCAGCAUCCCACGGUGAGGCAGAUCCUGGCCUCGGAGCUGUCGGAGCGCAGCCGCACCAUGCCCCGCACCGUGCCCGGCUCUGCCAUGAAAGUGGGGUCCCUGGAGAGGAAGAGGUUGCGGUACUCUGACCUGGACUUUGAGAAGGUGAUGCACACACGGAAACGUCACUCCGAGCUCUACCACGAGCUCAACCAGAAAUUCCACACGCUGGACCGGUACCGGGCUCCAUCCACCGGCUCCUCCAAGCGAGAAAAGCGAUGGAGCGUCUCAUCGGGCGGCGGGGACAAGAGCACGGGCAACGACGUGCCCGGCCCCGAGGAGCAGCGGCCGAAGGCUCCGGCAGCACCGCCCAAGCCGUGGAGCACGUUCAAGCCACAGCUGCCCGCCCCCCCGCAGGACGUGCCCGGCCCCGAGGAGCAGCGGCCGAAGGCUCCGGCAGCACCGCCCAAGCCGUGGAGCACGUUCAAGGCGAUGACACUGGGCUCGCUGCCCAGCGCCCAGCGGGAGCGGCUGGGUUCAUCCCAGUUCGGGUUUGGGGUGCAGGGAGAAGCCAUUUGGGGGUUCCAGCGUGAAGAUGAAGAGGAAGGGGUGGAAGGAGCCGAAUUAUUCCACUGCCACCUCCUAAGGGGGAUCCAGCUGUGCGGGGAGGGGGCUGGCACGAGCACGAGGAUUUUGGCUGCCCGUGCCAGGGGUCAGGACUGUGGGUGA